CAGGCCAGCCAAAUUACGACGGAACCUUUUCCGAUACCGCCCGCGCGAAACCAAAAGCCAGCCCGAGAAAGAAUCCCGACCUCCCCGUCGCGGAAUCCGCCGGCUCGCCCCAGCCCGCGGCUGCGCAUCUUCUUCUUCUUCUUCUUCUCCCGAGUUUCCCGUGCGCUAUUCUCUUCUUUCUUCCCUGCCCACCCCCCGGACCUGGGGAAGAAGAAGCAGCGGCGGAGACGGGGCAGGAGGAGCCGGCGGGGGAAGAUAAGGAGAAGCUUCGUUGUUCGUCUCCCCGUCGAUUCGUUUCCGGAUUAGCCAAGGGCGGCUCGAGCUGGGUUGAUUUGAUCCAAAGCUCGCGUAUUUCCCCGGAAUCUUUCUCUCUCUGACGGAGGAGCAGGCGGCGGCGGGAUGGUGUACCAAGUGGUGGCGGCGCAGCUGGCGCGGCUGAGCGGCGCGCUGGGCACCUCAGACCACGCCUCCGUGGUCUCCAUCACCCUCUUCGUCGCGCUGCUCUGCGCCUGCAUCGUCCUCGGCCACCUGCUCGAGGAGAACCGCUGGCUCAACGAGUCCAUCACCGCCCUCAUCAUCGGGCUGUGCACCGGCGUGGUGAUCCUGAUGACCACCAAGGGGAAGAGCUCGCACGUGCUCGUCUUCAGCGAGGACCUCUUCUUCAUCUACCUCCUGCCUCCCAUCAUCUUCAACGCCGGUUUCCAGGUGAAGAAGAAGCAGUUCUUCCGGAAUUUCAUGACAAUCACACUAUUUGGUGCCGUUGGGACGAUGAUGUCGUUUUUCACAAUAUCUCUUGCUGCCAUUGCGAUAUUCAGCAGGAUGAACAUUGGGACACUGGAUGUAUCAGAUUUUCUUGCAAUUGGAGCUAUCUUUUCCGCGACAGAUUCUGUCUGCACUCUACAGGUUCUCAAUCAGGACGAGACGCCCUUUUUGUACAGUCUAGUGUUCGGGGAAGGUGUUGUGAACGAUGCCACAUCGGUCGUGCUUUUCAACGCGCUCCAGAACUUCGAUCCUAACCAGAUCGACGCGAUCGUCAUUCUUAAGUUCUUGGGGAACUUCUGCUACUUAUUCGUGUCAAGCACCUUCCUUGGAGUGUUUACUGGAUUGCUUAGUGCAUACGUCAUCAAGAAGUUAUACAUAGGAAGGCAUUCUACUGACCGUGAGGUUGCACUUGUGAUGCUCAUGGCCUACCUCUCAUAUAUGCUAGCUGAGCUGCUAGAUUUGAGUGGUAUCCUCACUGUAUUCUUCUGUGGUAUUGUGAUGUCACAUUACACCUGGCAUAACGUGACAGAGAGCUCAAGAGUUACAACAAAGCAUGCGUUUGCAACCUUGUCCUUCAUCGCCGAGACUUUUCUCUUCCUUUAUGUUGGGAUGGAUGCACUGGAUAUUGAGAAGUGGAAAUUUGCUAGUGACAGCCCGGGCAAAUCCAUUGGAAUAAGCUCAAUUUUGCUUGGAUUGGUUCUGGUUGGAAGAGCUGCUUUCGUCUUCCCGCUCUCGUUCUUAUCCAACCUGACAAAGAAGACGGAGCUCGAAAAAAUAAGCUGGAGGCAGCAAAUCGUAAUAUGGUGGGCUGGGCUGAUGAGAGGAGCUGUGUCGAUCGCUCUUGCUUACAAUAAGUUUACAAGAUCUGGCCACACACAGCUACACGGCAACGCGAUAAUGAUCACCAGCACCAUCACUGUUGUUCUGUUUAGCACUAUGCUGUUUGGCAUCUUGACAAAGCCUCUGAUCCGGUUCCUGCUGCCCGCGUCGAGCAACGGCGCCGCCUCGGACCCCGCGUCACCGAAGUCUCUGCACUCUCCUCUCCUCACAAGCCAGCUAGGCUCGGACCUGGAGGCGCCUCUCCCCAUCGUGAGGCCCUCCAGCCUCCGGAUGCUCAUCACCAAGCCGACCCACACCAUCCACUACUACUGGCGCAAGUUUGACGACGCGCUGAUGCGCCCGAUGUUCGGUGGGCGCGGGUUUGUGCCCUACUCCCCAGGAUCACCCACCGAUCCGAACGUACUCGUGGAAUGAACGUCGCGAAGAAGCAACGGAGAAUCCACUACAGCUUCAGGAGACACUCUGAACUGUAACAUGAAGAGAAGCAAGUGUCGCAGCUUCAGAAGAAGAUGAAGUCUCAGGUAAUACUAUAGCGUUUGGCUGACUCGGAAGGCCGAAGAAGGCGGCCCUCCGAUGAUGGUUCAGAUGAACGGUUGGUUACGGCACCGACAGGAAGAUGAACCCUAGUAACGGUGAUGCGAGUAUCAUCAGCGCCUUAUCGGUUACGACAAAGCCUGUACAGUUUUGUAUGUAGAUUAACAAGCCAAUUGUAUCCUAUGAGAUCUCCGCUAGCAGGCAGGCGUCUGACCUCCUGCAUCUACCCUUACUUACAAUCUCCUAAUGGAUUGGUGUGUAUCCUGCCAAGUUGUGCCAGAUGAGUGAUGAUCUUGUGGCCUGGUUGCUACAAAGAACUCAUCUCAGACAAGUUAUCUAUCUAUAUCUAUCUUGAAUUGAA